UGCCGGAUCUUCGACGGAGAACCGGUGAAUGCCACCCACCAAGAAGGUUACUCUCCCGGCGCUUAGACAGAUGGAAGCUAAGGUAAAAGCACUUGAAAGUGAAAUUUCAGAGGUACGAACAACGCUUGCUAGCGUACAGGAUGCAGUCAAAGAGAAUCAUGCCAACCUGAUUGCGAUGUUAGAGAAAUGCUUUAGGAAAUCUGUGCAUGUAGAUGGGGAUGCGAGCUUGUCUGUCAAAGGCUCGCCGGAGAAGCAGAAUUCGCCGGAGAAGAUGAUGUCAAAAGGGAACAGCUCUAACACUGUUUGUGGCGAUACGAUGACGGAGUUUCGUCAUGCUGUGAGGAAGGUUGAGUUACCAACUUUCAACGGUGAGGAUCCAGCUGGGUGGAUGUCACGAGUAGAGAUCUAUUUUCGCGUUCAAGAUACGACGCCGGAGGUUAAGGUGAAACUUGCUCAGAUUUGUAUGGAAGGAGCGACGAUCCAUUUCUUCAACUCUCUAAUUGGAGAAGAUGAAGAUCUGCCGUGGGAACAAUUGAAAGAAGCUUUGCUGGGUAGGUAUGGAGGACAUGGGGAAGGAGAUGUGUAUGAACAGUUGACGGAGCUGAAACAGAGUGGGUCUGUUGAUGAUUAUAUUACUGAAUUUGAGUAUCUAACAGCUCAAAUACCCAAACUCCCAGAGAAACAAUUUCUGGGUUAUUUCUUGCAUGGGUUGAAAGUGGAGAUUAGAGGAAAGCUGCGCAGUUUAGCAGCUAUGGGGAGAUGA